AUGACAGACUUUCCUCCAAACUUAUCCAUUCGACCCUUGACGAUUCAGGAUUUGAAUCUGUGUGUGUCCUUGGAAUGCAAGGGCUUUCCUGAGGCAGAGAGAGCUUCAGAAGAAAAGCUUAAGUACAGGUUGACAGUUUGUCCAGAGCUUUGCUCGGGUUUAUUUGUGAGAGAGUAUGGGUAUAAAUAUAAUGCCAUCAACUUACCAGAGACUGCAAAGAAACUAGAAGGCGAGUUAAAGGCAACAUCUUCCCUCUCUGAUUCUGAGAAUGGAGAUGAUGGAGAGGAAAAGUUGCCGAUCAGACUGUCCGUUGUGAAGGAAACCUUGAUCGGGCACAUCAUUGCUACAAAGAUAUUUUCCGAUAAAAUUACAAGCUCUUCUAUGGAACUCCCUCUGGGCGAGGACCGUUCUAGAGGGCACAUAGAGCAAUCUAGAACUAUUGGUGUCCAUGGUUUGGUAAUCGAUCCAGAUUGGCAGAGAAAAAAUCUAGGCACUUUGUUGAUGCACGACUACAUUCAAAAAUUAUCAAAUCAAGACUUGGGAAGCAGAGUUGUUAUAAUUGCACAUGAAGGGCUUGUUCCGUUUUAUGAAAAGAUUGGUUUUGUGAACCAUGGCGAAAGUCAAUGCAAAUUUGCCAAUGAGUGUUGGUACGACUUGAGCAUCGACUUGAUUUCUCAAGAAGAAUGA